CGUGGGGAAUCGAAUUGCGGUCGUCAACCCUCAUCCAAGUCUACGAGACAACACAACAGUGCUUCGUUGUCUUGAAGCAAGAAUUUCGUGAAGGGCUGUGAUGAGAUGGCCCAGAGGCUGCCCUAUCCUCUUUCCUCUGACAUCACGGAUCUUUCUUCUGGCGCACGUCUCAAGUUAUCAGUCAGCCCCCGUAGCCUUCACUAGCGAUGUAUUCUACUACCCUUAUCUCAUCACCUGUACGGUAUAUAUUGGCGGAGAAAUCAUUUGAUUACGUCCAGAAAUCCUCUCUUCUUCUCCCCGACCUCCCUAUAGUUUUCUCAUCCCAGCCCAG